AUGCCUAUCAGCCCACCUUUGUUUCCUGCACACAAACUUUUAGGUUGUUCGCCUGACGAUCCUUCCAUUCAAGCAUGGCUGCACACUGUGAUUCCAACCGACCAUCAACCACUUUCAGAACUCCUCGUGAAACGCUUUUCUGAUUGCACUUAUUACUCCUACAAAUCGCUCGGGAUCAGCUUUUGCUUUGUACAGAAAAAGGACGACGUCGACAAGUCGCUUGUAUUGGACAGCAUUGAUAUCUACAAUGGAAAAACACGGGAUGGAUUUCAGCCUUUUGUCGGCAACGCGUACCCAUUUGACUUUACAAAGGAUACACGAGGACAUGAGAUUGUUAGUCAGUUGGGUGAACCUGAUCGUAAAGGAGGAGGCGGCAAGACCCAUUUACCAUGCUGGAUAGAAUACAAGUUCAAUGAUCAAGAUGGUGGUGGUGGCCUUUUUAUUCAAUUACAUGGUGUAGAAUGGGAAGAUCGAGAUAUGGGAUGGACAAGUUUAAGUUUGUUUGCCUAG